ACACAGAGGGAAACCAGCAGCAGGCAGCGCAACAUCUCACCUCGACUUCAGCUUUAGCUCUAUUUUUUGGAAAAUAUUUGUCGACACAAAGUCAUUUUCAUUUACGUCCGCGUACCAUGACCGAACAAUCAGCAUUACUUCUUCGAAAACAACUGGCAGAGCUCAACAAGAACCCAGUGGAGGGCUUUUCAGCUGGUCUGAUAGAUGAUGAUGACAUUUAUAAAUGGGAAGUUGUGAUCAUUGGUCCACAAGAUACCCUUUUUGAAGGAGGGUUUUUCAAAGCAUACCUAACCUUUCCCUAUGAUUAUCCACUACGGCCUCCAAAGAUGAAGUUCAUCACUGAAAUCUGGCACCCAAAUGUUGCAAAAAACGGGGAUGUUUGCAUCUCAAUUCUGCAUGAACCAGGAGAAGAUAAGUUUGGUUAUGAAAAGCCUGAGGAGCGCUGGCUUCCCAUCCACACAGUAGAGACAAUCAUGAUUAGUGUUAUCUCCAUGCUGGCAGACCCCAACAGCGACUCACCAGCUAAUGUGGAUGCAGCGAAAGAGUGGAGGGAGGACCCUAAUGGUGAAUUCAAGAGGAAGGUGGCUCGCUGUGUAAGAAAAAGUCAAGAGAUGGCUUUUGAUUAGGAAUCACUUGUAAAUUCCAGGUUAAAGGAAAUGCCUUCAGAGGGAAAAUUUCAGCAAAAGGCUUUUGCACCCCUUGUUUUGCCAGUCAAAGGAAUUGGUUGGCUUCAACCACGUUUCUGUGAACGGUUGUUAUUUUCCGCAAGAUGAGCCAAUUUGAGAACCCUACCAGCGAAAUUAACCUGUUUCCUACCUGGAA